AGCACAAACCGGAUCAAGUCCCCACCAUCAUCGAUUCAUCGCCGAACGGCAGUCUCAGACUGAAGCUCGCUCACUGUCGUCGCAGCCUCUCGCGUCGAGGCAGGAUGGAGAAUGAGUCGACCUUCGUAGCCCCCGAAGGCACGACCGUCUCGGCGGGCCAGCACACAGUCAACGCGGUACCAAUCCUCUACCCCACACGCCUCUCUGCUGUCACCGUCAGGUACCCUACGAACAAAUCUGUCAACUCGCCAGUCUUCACGCAACUCCUGGGAGGGAACCGAGAGAGGGAGAGUAAGAAGGACAAGGACAAGGACAGAGUUUCCCCUAAGGCGGAGGAUGGUCUCAGUGUCUCGAGCAGCGAGGAUCCAGACGAUGCAUCCCCCGACGUCUCGACGGCUCCCGGGCCAGAGAACGUCAAGACAUCGCCCAUGGUCGGGCACGACAUACCCAAUAACAUAUUCUCGCAUACCCCUGCAGGCAAGAAGAAAGCUGCGGCGCGCCCCAAGCACAACAUGAGGACAACAUCCUCCACAUUCAUCACCCGCUUACAGAAUGCGGAUAACCUGCAUAGGAAUCUGCAGUCGAAGCAAGGGGAAACUACGUUUCUCUUCUACAAUUCAGCGAAGAGCUUCAUAUGGACCGAAGCAGGCACCAAGGCUAAGGAAACAUUGGCAAGGAUCCACUUCUCAGCCCAUCCCACUUGCCACGAUGUGAAUCUCGCUACAGUGUGUCCUGAGCGGAUAGACGUCAUCAUCGGCUUCAACACCGGAGAUCUUCUGUGGUUUGACCCCAUGUCUUCCAGAUAUGGCCGUUUGAAUAAGCAGGGUCGCAUAUGCACCUCCCCAUGCACAGCGGUGCGAUGGGUUCCGGAUUCACCCAACCUAUUCCUUGUCUCACAUGCAAACGGCACCAUCGUUGUGUAUGAUAAGGAACGUGAGGAUGGCGCAUUCGUCGCACAGGAGCCAGGAGCACCCUCUGGGUCAACUCCAGGUUCGCCAGUAGAGGGCGUGGCUUCGAGCUCCUCGAUCGGUGAAUGGGAUCCGCUGGACAGUAUCUAUGUGACUAUGCCUCCUUGGCAUCCUGUAACCGUUGGCGGCGCUAUGGCUGGUGGAGGAAAGCAGGACAAGGACAAGACCGCGAAGAAUCCUGUCAGCCACUGGAAGGUUUCCCGUAAGCGCAUCGUAGACUUUGUUUUCUCGCCAGACGCAAAGUUUGUAGCUGCCAUCUCUGAGGAUGGUUGCCUCCGAGUGAUAGAUACCAUCGCUGAACAGCUAAUCGACUGCUACGCGUCUUACUUCGGUGCUCUCAGUUGUGUAGCAUGGUCGCCGGAUGGGCGUUUCAUAAUCACCGGGGGGCAAGAUGACCUAGUGACGAUAAUCUCGCCAUGGGAGCAACGUGUUAUCGCUCGCUGUCAGGGUCAUUCGUCAUUUGUCUCCGCCCUCGCGUUCGACGACAUUCGUUGCGAUGGUCGCACCUACCGGUUUGGUAGUGUGGGCGAAGACAACAAACUUAUCCUGUGGGACUUCUCAAGCGGAGCGCUUCAUCGACCGAAACUACACGCGUCACACCAACAACGAAUAUCAAUGACCUCCUCGUUGUCUCUCGCCCUCCGGAGACGAGGCGAAUCUACAUUAUUUCUAUCGCCGAACGGCGCGGAGGCUAUGCCACGGUACCACCCCGCGCCAUCCCGUAACGAGGUCGCUGUAGUACAACCAGUGCUUGUAAAACAUAUCGGUGCCGACAUGCUGACAGACAUCAUGUUCAUGUCUCGAGGUAUCCUCACGGCGUCCAGAACAGGCCACAUCAAGCUGUGGAUCCGGCCACUCGUGGUCAAGCCACGUCAUCUACGGAGUCAGAGCACAUAUCGGAGGGACUCUUGGGUGGACGUCGCUGCUUGAUGUUCGCUCUGCAUUCGAUGCCGUUAUCAUUAUUAAACUCUUGCUGUAUUUUAAUCCUCAGUCCAGACCAUGUUGAUGAGAUUCGCUAUGGUUCUGUCAUCGUGUAUCGUGAGAGUUACAAACGCAUAUGUUUGCCGCCGGCCGCAGA